AUGGAGCGGUUCGCGCGCCAGCAGGAGCGCGCCGUGCGCCAGCUGGAGGAGGUGGCCCGCUGGAAGCUGGAGCUGGCAAGCGGCUACGAGACCCAGAUCAAGGCUGUUCUGCCGGGUGAUGGUAACCUGACGGACGUGGAGAUGGCUGGUGGGCUGGGCGAGUACUUGCGCGAGGUGCACGCUCAGUACGGCCCCCUCGUCUCCUUCCACCUGGGCAAGCAGCUGGUGAUCAGCCUCGGCACGUACGAGCUGAUGGAGCAGCAUAGUGGCGCCGCCGAGCGGCCCGAGCUGUACCUCGAGUUUCUGCGGCCGCUGCUAGGGCGCGAGAGUAUCGUGUGGGCGGACCGAGCCGAGACGACGCGCCGCUGGCGGCUCUACCAGCAGGGUUUCUCAGAAGAGUGCCGCGCCGUGUACCGGCAGGCGGCGCGAGAGCGUCUGGACGCCCGCGCCGCGCCCGCCCCGCUGACCUUGAUCAUGCGACUGCUGGCCGUCAGGCGGCCGGCCGUGUCUCCGAGAAGCUGCAGUCGCUCUCGUCGGAGGAGCACGUGUCGCUGCAAGCAGUACACCUCGGCGCUGGCGCUGCACAUCGUGGCCCGCUGCUGCUGUCUACACCACAUGGACGACGAGCACAGCAUGCUCAGCUUCGCGCAGGAGUACGAGAUCGUGACGGCCGAGGUGACGAGCGAGGCGUGCGGUCGCCAGCUGUAUGAGAGCCAGCAGGACCACCUGCUGGAGGCGGCCGCCGCUCUCCGUGACGUGGCCGCCGCCAUCGUCCGCAAGCACCGCCGCGAGAACAAGUCCACGGUGUCGCUGGUGGAGUGGGUGGCCCUCUCGGCUCAGGGCAGUCGGGCCGGCGGCGACUCGGAGGCGCACGUCAGUGACCUGCUGGCCCUCUUCAUGUUCUUCUGCGAAACACUGUCGAGCGGGCUGUGCUGGACGCUGUACUACCUAUCGCAGCACCAGACCGUGCAGGACGCCGUGGUGGCACAGUUGGCCGGAGAGCAGACGGACACCGGGCUGGUGGGCCGCGUCAUCCGCGAGGCCUGGCGCUUGAGCUCGGUGGUGCCGCUGACGGCGCGUUGCUACAGCUCGCCGUCGGCCGUCCAGGGCCACACGCUGCCGGCGCGCACGCCGAUCGUCGCGCCCUCUGUGUUUGACCCGGCCCGAUUCGAGGGCGACACGCCGCCGCUGGAGCUGAACCCGCUGCCAUUCCUCUCCAAACACGACGACAUCGAGGGCGCCUCCAGCCUGUACCAGGAGCUGGUGACAGAGGUGCUGCACGUGCUGCUGACCCCCUCUCAGCUGGAAUUGCUGCCCGACCAGAGCCAGGAGCAGCUGAUGACUCUCGUCACCACGCCGCGCGAGGACGUCUGGGUCUCGGUCAGCCCGCGCUCCGCCGACGCCUAG